AUGAACUCGAAGAACCCCAAGAAGUGCCCCCAGUAUAAGAAGAGUAGAGACAAGGCCCAGGAAAAAUUUGCCAGGAAGUUUCCGUACAGGUUCUCUUGGCUGACAGAACCUACUGCAGAGUUCCUGAAGCCCUGGGAGGUCACGAAGAUGACCACCUCACUGAGGGAUCAGCUGCCCCUACAGAAGAUGUUGGUGCCAACGAGAUCCAUUCCAGUCAGAGGGCUUGGGGCCCCAGAUUUUACUUCACUGUCCUGCCUGAGCCCUCCGCCACCACCGCCUCUACUGAGCCAACUUUGGGAACUCAAGCUAGUGAGCCGCCGCUUCCCUGGGCCAGGCGCCCCCGCUGUCCCCACAGGCACCUGCGCUGCCCACCCCUCCAGAGGCCUCCUCUAG